ACAAGUUGUUUUACAAGGAUAGGAGCGUCGUCGGCACCGCACGAGAUCUCGCUUGUCCCUCUUUCUUUGGCCGCGAGUUUUCGAGGGAGAGAACGUCGCAGCACCGCCGCCGUUUCCGGGAUCGAACGAAGAAUCCUUUUGUUCGCGCGCGCGCGUUUUUAGCGCAGGCGACGACGGUUAUCUAUGGGUUCGCGGCCGUCGACUGUCGGCGGUUUCGUCGCUCGAUUUAUCGGAUACUUUUCUGUCGACGCUGGAAAAAAGGGAGAGCGAACGUGAUUUCGGCCUGUAAUUGGUCGGGCUGUCGGGCUGAUGUCGGUCGCUUGUUUUUUUAGUGGACGCAGUGCGCAGCUAAUUUUUAUAAACUUGCGCGGCGCGAGGUUUUCAAACAGCAGGUGCGUAGAAAGGCCGAGAAGCUCGCUAGGAUAGAAAACGAACGAAAGAUAAGAAGACAAGGGAAAAGAAUGGACACCCGCGGCGUGCGUGCAUCUCUCUCUCUUAUACUCUCUCGUUCGAGAUACCGCACUUACUCUGCGGGAAAAAAAGUGGGACGGCAUCGUGCAGGCGAAUAGUCAGGCGCGCGGGGCAAUUUAGUAGCGGCGCUGGGCUAAUAAUGAUUCACGUCAGUCAAGCCGAGGCCGGACGUACGUUCCACGAUGCAAAUUCAUGAAAUAUCCUGCCCCCCUCCGUGCGCGCUACUCUCUUUCUCCCUCCUUUCUCUCAAUUUGCUCACUGCCGCCUCUCGCACCCUCUCUCUCUCUCUCUCUCUCUCUCUCUCUCUCUCUCUUCUCCUAAUCCUUUGUUUUCUUCCUCUUCCUACUUUCGCUCAGUUAAUUCCAAUUGCUCCGAUUCUUUUAAGUGUUUCUUUCCCCCGACACGAGAGUGCGGUACAAGUGCGCGCGAGGAAUCCGAGACCGUUUCUCGUGGGCGUCUUUUUUAUCUCUUUGCUCGGAUUGAUCGAAUUAGCGCCCGUGACUCGCUGCGGAGAUUCGAGAAGGUGCGAGGCUUUUCGAUCGCGAAUACCUGUACUCGAGACAGUCGCUCGUUCGCGAAAUUUUGUAGAUCGUUUCAGUAUAUUGUUAGUUCGCCGGGGGCAAUUUAUGUCGCGCAAUAGAAAUCUCAUUUUAUUCGACGAGAGCCGCAUUCCCAGCUGUAUACCCCGCUGAAUUAUCUCACGCAUUAUACAAACAAAAUAUCUUAAUAAUUUCGUGCCGCGUAUCUAUUACCAUAUAAUAGACGCGAGGCACGUACAACAACCAUUUCAAUUACAUAACUCGCUUUAUUAUACACGAUGAUAUUAUAACACACGGCGAACUCGUAAAAGUCCGCGUGAUUUAUAUCGCGGAGCAUCGGACGCGCGGCUUUGUAAAGCGUUUACAGACGCGUAUAAUUUAUAUUCGAUCGCAGCGGGCCCGAGCUUUCUAAGUACGUGUGAUAGCUUCACGACGACAGACGGACGCGAUCAUUGUUUACAAGCGGAUCGACGGACGAUCGACGACACGCACGCGCUCCUGAAAAAGAGAGUACGCGAGCGAGAGAAGGAACGAGUUUACGAGUGCAUCGAUGCAGUAUUGAAUAAGCGGAGUCUCUCCUACUGUGCUUAGGCUCUUCUCUUAUAAUUUGAGCCAUUAAUUGCCCUAAGUCGACGGGCAGCGAGCUACAGCUGCUUCGUGCAUCCGAUAAUAUGUGCGUAUGUGCGCGUAUAUCGAUGUUCCCGAAUGGCCAGUAAAUAUUAUCGACGUGCGCUAAUCCAUGCGCAACUGAUUAUUUUUUGUGUCUUUAGUAAGUUUACAGAGCGCGUGGAAUCGUGUGCGAAAAUCGAAAGAAAGGCAGAUUGGUUUAUUCUUGGCGUGUGACUUUUGCGGCGAUUCCACGCUUGUAUUGGAUUCGAUGAGAAAAAUGCAAAAGUCCUUUAUCUAAGCUGAUAUUUUCAGGAAAAAGAUUCUAUGCGAUGAAUAGAUCCGAUUGAGUUAGCAUAUAGAAAUUGUCUAAAUUAAAGACGAUAACAACGUGAUGUAAUUACACGCUGGCCAUACCGCAGCUCGAGUGCCUGACAUUAAUGGAUAUCACCACAUUUAUAUCCCGUCGUAUAUUACAAUUUAUAUCUCAUUGUGCUGUAAGGCGCGUUGUUCGAACAAUAUUCCAGUGUACGCAGGCGCGAUGAAACGUUUUCCAAACGUUAUUAAGCGUUCCUUGCUUUUCUACAACGCAACGAUCGCGCAGAAUGUGAAAAAUCGAAGAUAUGAAUAAGCAUAUCGAACGGCUCACUCAUGUAAAUUAAUGAAGCGAGAGCCCCGUGGAGGAAGAAGGUAUAAAAUACCGAGAUUCAACGGGCCGAUAGGACAAAAGGUUCCCAGGACCUUUUUAAAGCUGAAAACCUCUCGAUACGGAAUUUAUUUCGUUCGACGAGUAAUAAACUUUCUUCGACGCGCACGCAAGUUUUUUUGAGCCCAAUUACGCGACAUUUCCAUAUUCAUUUUCUAAAUCGAGCUUUAUACGUCGAAUAUUUCGUGUGUAUAACACUGAACGUCUAACAGCUUAUACAAGGUGCAAACUCCUUUUACGCGGGCUAACAAUGUCCGAAAUCAAUUCCUUAAUCAUACGCAUCCGCGUAAACAAGAAAAAGGCCGAAGCCGAACCAAAAGCCUGCAUUAUCCCACUUGCUUUCGGAAUCUUUUGUUUCCCAAGCGUUCUCUCUUUCUCGCGGGCGCGCGCGAGUAGCCCCGAGAGGACCCCAAGCCAAGAUCCUAUCUGACAUAAAUAAUUAUCCUGCGGCCGCUCGCGCGGCAGUCCUUCUCCUCUUCGCCUCCUCCUCCUUUUUCUUCUCCGGUUCCGAGUAGAGGCCAACAAAUCUGUCCGCAGGGAUUUUGCGUUUUAUCGCGCGCGGAAUUCAGCAUCUCGGCAGCCUCCCUGCGUUGCGGCGCAUUCCCCGGAUGAUGGGGCAGGGAAAACAUUUCGUUCGGAAAUUCCACUUGCGCAUAGUGCAAAGGAGAGGAUCUCGGGAAGGGGCUGUACUCGUCUGUGGCUUAAUUGAUAUUUUUGCCGACUUUUUCUCGCCGAGUUUUGGAUGUACACCAUUGAGGGGAUCGCGCAUAGCGGUGCGCGAGUCCUUCGAUGAAAAUCGACGCUGAUCAAUGGGACAGUCGUGUGCGCAUGUUUACGACCGACGAUCGGAUCUUAAUUCUCGGCGAUUCUCCGGAAAAAUCAAUCGCCGCUUAAAAUCUCUGCGUAUACUGGAAUUAACGGCGAAUGACGUCGCCGCUGGACUGUGGUGUAGCUGUGACGUUAUCAAGGGACUUUCACGUCUGAAACAAGCGUAAAUAAUGCACGGACUCGACGGUGAAAAUAAGCCGAUAAGCGACGGUCUGCAUUUUUCUCUGGCUUUGUUAGUCUAAGAUUUGUGUAUAAGCAUAGUUUAUAUAUAAGAUGAACAUAGAAACGAGCAGUUUCGCACUAGCCUACAUUUAUCCACCAAGCAUUUUUCGGCCUUUGAAAGAAACGAGACGAAUCAGAGUCUGAAAUAACGGUUCGCUCUGCUUUCGAUAAUUCAAUCCAAAACGUUCGUCACUUUAAUGAGCCUCAUAACGGCCAUCAAUAACGCUGGAAACUGCUCGUUGCCGAACCUGUAUAAUACGCGGCCGAAAGCGCCGGGAGCGAACUAAUGAGAAGAAAUUAGUAUACUCUAGAUUGCUUACAGAUACACACUCCCAGAGAAAGCAGCAGCUCCACAUGCCUUCCAGGAGAUUUCGAAGCCGUGGAAUUCGAAAAAAAUCGCGGCGCGUCAAAUUUUUCAAUGAGCCGCGAUUUCGGAAAAAGACAGAAAUUUGAGAAACGCGAUAGCUAUGAUUUCGACAAUGAACCACCGAAAAUCACGGGCAGAUAUUCUCUCCCUUCUUCCCCGAAGUAGUCCAGAGCGGCGCGAUUCUUCUCACGCGCGCUCCGAAUUAUCGUCUCUCGGGGGCGUUAUGAUGCGUGUCCCGUGAUUUUAGAUAAUUGCACGGUUCGGGCCCUUUUAUAUCGGUAAUUCGGGGUCGAAGGCGAGGAAGGGCUUAAUUUGGCCCCGCGUGCAAAUUACUUACAGUGCUAUUACUUUUUUUUCAUCAAAUUCGGCGCGAACUCGAAGUAUGAUUCGCAAUUUUCUUCUCGAUCGAAACGUUGAUUUAAAAUGAGAGGUUGGCAGUCAUGGGACGCCUGGCAGAUGUAAAACAUAGAUAAUCACGUUUAUAAAAAAUAUAUCACACAUUGAAUAAUAUUUAACGAGCAAAAGUUUUGUAUCUGAUGAUAAAGGCGGCUUUAGAUGUUUCACGCAAAAAAAUUACGAGUUAUUGCUGCUAUAGUCUCGUAUUAUGAGAAUUAACUCGCGGCUCUCGCGCAUAAAUCAGCGAAUCACUUAUUUAAUCGUCUCGUCGAUCAGCCGCGGUUGACACUCGGGCGCUUUUCUUCCUCGAGCGGUAUAUCGGCGCGAGGAAAUUGCACGCGCGAUCCGCUGAUCAAUGGAUGAUAUAAAGAUCGAUUAUCCCGAGGGGACAAUUUGAGCACUAUGCAUGCGCGUUUGCCUACUUCGCGCGCGCUCUCGCCCGUAUUAACGAAUGGCUCGCGGAGGCAAAAAUCUUCCGGCCAAUCGAGCUGUACACAUUGGAGUGGAAUAAUACGUCGAGGGGAGAUGGACCAGGUGUAUUUACGGAAGACGGCCGACGAAGAACUAUACAAUACCGGAUGUCACACGAAAGAAACGCGACUGGAUGCAUCGGACAGCCUUGAUUUCGUAAAAGUCGACCCAAAGGCGUCCCACCAGCGAGACAUGUCCCAGUGAUCAGAGCAGGUCACGAUGGCAUCCUUCUCAUGCCGCUCGGUGGUCGGUAUCGCGUCGAGGAGACUCCGCAGGUCCUGGUGAAGUCCAAAAUCGUGCAGACGCGUGAAUCGGGUGGGGCAUGAGCGCAGCCACUCAUCAUGUUCAGCGCAUCGCGAGCUCUGCUGCCGUCCAUUCUUAGAGCGCCUGGAUCCCUCUUCUCGAGCACACUCACGGUUCUGCUGCUACUGGUCCUAGUCAACAAAGAUGUCAGUGCCGACCUCAAUUCCGAGUUCGUCAAGGGCAAAAUCUGCAUCGGGACGAACGGGCGGAUGUCGGUGCCGUCGAACAAGCAGCACCACUACCGCAACCUUCGCGACCGGUACACCAACUGCACGUAUGUCGACGGCAACCUCGAGAUCACCUGGCUGCAGGACGAGAAGUUCGACCUCAGCUUCCUGCAGUACAUCCGCGAGGUCACCGGCUACGUCCUCAUCAGCCACGUCGACGUGCCCAAGAUGGUCCUGCCGAGGCUGCAGAUCAUCCGCGGCCGGACGCUCUUCAAGGUCAACAUCGACGCGAACGAGUACGCGCUCUUCGUCACCAUGUGCCAGAUGUUUAACCUCGAGAUGCCGGCGCUCAGGGACAUCCUCAACGGCAGCGUGGGCAUCUUCGACAACUACAACCUCUGCCACGUCAAGUCGAUCAAGUGGGACGAGAUCAUAACCGGGCAGGGUCGGAACUACAGCUUCGUCUACAACUUCUCGACGCCCGAGCGCGUCUGCCCGCCCUGCGACAAGGAGUGCGAGGACGGCUGCUGGGGCGACGGCCCCAAGAACUGCCAGCGCUUCUCCAAGACCAAGUGCUCGCCCCAGUGCUGGCAGGGCCGCUGCUUCGGGCCCAACCCGCGCGAGUGCUGCCACCUGUUCUGCGCGGGCGGUUGCACCGGGCCCAAGCAGAGCGACUGCCUCGCCUGUAAGAACUUUUACGACGACGGCGUCUGCACCCAGGAGUGUCCGCCCAUGCAAAAGUACAACCCGACCACGUACUCCUGGGAGGCGAACCCCAACGGCAAGUACGCGUACGGCGCGACGUGCGUGCGCAAGUGCCCGGAGCACCUGCUCAAGGACAGCGGCGCCUGCGUACGCUCCUGUCCGCCGAAGAAGAAGGCUGUGCGGGGCGAGUGCGUGCCCUGCGAGGGUCCCUGCCCCAAGACCUGCCCGGGCGUGCCCCACGUCAACACGGGCAACAUCGACAGCUUCAAGGACUGCACGAUAAUCGAGGGCUCCAUCAGCAUCCUCGACCACAGCUUCAAGGGCUACCAGCACGUCUACGACAACUUCACCUUGGGCAAGCACUACUCGCCCAUGCACCCGGACAGGCUCGAAGUUUUCAGCACCCUCAAGGAGAUCACGGGCUACCUUGACAUCCAGGCCGACCACAAGGACUUCAAGAACCUCUCCUACUUCCGGAACCUCGAGGUCAUCGGCGGUAGGACGCUCACCGAGUACUUCGCCAGUCUCUACAUCGUCAAGACCUCGCUGGUCUCGCUGAACCUCAACUCGCUCAAGACGAUCAACUCGGGCUCGGUCGCCAUUCUCGAGAACAAGAAGCUCUGCUACGCCGGCACGAUUAACUGGGACAAGAUCAGGAAGUCGCCCGAGCACGACAGUCUACUGUCCAACAACAAGAACGGGACCCAAUGCAUCAAAGAGAACCUCGUCUGCGACGAGCAGUGCUCCAAGGAAGGCUGCUGGGGACCCGGACCCGAUCAGUGCCUCUCCUGCAAGAACUUCAUCCUCGGGACCAUCUGCGUCAAGGAUUGCAAUGCGCCAGGAAUCUACCAAGCCGACAACGGCAAGUGCAAGGCCUGUCACGAGGAGUGCAACGGCACCUGCACCGGACCGAACCCCGAGGACUGCACCAGCUGCAGGAACGUCCGCGACGGCCCGUACUGCGUGAAGAAGUGUCCCACGUCCAAGUACGACGACAACGGCCAGUGUCGCCACUGCCACGAAAACUGCGUGGGCGGCUGCGAGGGUCCCGAGAACAACAUCGGACCCAACGGCUGCCACAGCUGCGAGAAGGCCAUCAUGCACGGCGAGAUGCCCGAGGGAUGUCUGCAGAAGAAAGAGCCCUGCCCCGAUGGCUACUACUACGAGUGGCUAAGUCCGCUGGAGAAGGGCCCCCUCAAACCUUUGGCCGGCAAGGCCGUCUGCAAGAAGUGCCACUCGCUCUGCCAGAAGUGCACGGGCUUCGGCGCCGACGAGAUGAACUGCCAGCAGUGCGUCAAGUACAAACGGGGUGAGCACUGCGUCGACAAGUGUCCCUCCGAUCACUUCGUCGAGCCCGAGACCCAGGUCUGCAUACCCUGUCACCACGAGUGCCGAGAGUGCUACGGAGCCGGGCCCGACCAGUGCUACAAGUGCAAGAAUCUUAAGUUGUUUGUGGAGGGCGGUGAUCCGAACGACAACACGACGAGCUUCAACUGCACGGAGACCUGCCCGCCCGAGUACCCUCACAAGGUAUUGCCUGACGACAGCUCGGAGCUCUACUGCUCGCAGGAACCUGUAGGCUUCGGCCUGCAGUACGACCCGGAACUGCAGCCAGCCAUCCUGGGAGGCGUUGGCAUUUUCGUUGUCAUCUUCAUCUCUUUCGCCGGUCUCCUCAUGUACCAGUGGCGGCUGCGGGUCAAGGCCAAGGAGAACACCGUGAAGAUGACUAUGGCACUCACCGGACUGGACGACAACGAACCGUUGAGGCCGACCGGCGUCAAGCCUAACCUCGCGAAACUCAGGAUCAUCAAGGAGGAGGAGAUGCGUAAGGGAGGAAUCCUGGGCUACGGUGCCUUCGGCAACGUCUACAAGGGCGUCUGGGUGCCCGAGGGCGAGAACGUCAAGAUUCCCGUGGCCAUCAAAGUCCUGCACGAGAAUACGGGCGCCAACUCCUCGAAGGAGUUCCUCGACGAGGCCUACAUCAUGGCCUCGGUCGAGCACCCGAACCUGCUGCAGCUACUGGCCGUCUGCAUGACCUCGCAGAUGAUGCUGGUGACGCAGCUGAUGCCACUGGGCUGCCUGCUCGACUUCGUCAGAAACAACAAGGACAAGAUCGGCUCGAAGCCGCUGCUUAACUGGUGCACGCAGAUCGCCCGCGGCAUGGCGUACCUCGAGGAGCGCAGGCUAGUCCACCGAGAUCUCGCGGCCAGGAACGUCCUCGUGCAGACCGGCAACUGCGUCAAGAUCACCGACUUCGGCCUCGCCAAGCUCCUCGACAUCAACGAAGAGCAGUACAAGGCUGCUGGCGGUAAGAUGCCAAUCAAGUGGCUGGCUCUCGAGUGCAUCCAGCACCGCAUCUUCACCCACAAGUCCGACGUCUGGGCGUUCGGCGUGACGGUCUGGGAGGUGCUCACCUACGGCGGCCGGCCCUACGAGAGCGUCGCCGCGCGCAACGUGCCCGAGCUGCUGGAGAAGGGCGAGCGACUGCCCCAGCCCCAGAUCUGCACGAUAGACGUCUACAUGAUCAUGAUCAAGUGCUGGAUGCUCGAUGCCGAGUCGAGGCCCAGCUUUAAGGAGCUCGCCGAGGAGUUCGCCAAGAUGUCGAGGGACCCCGGCCGGUACCUGGCCAUCAAGGGCGACAAGUACAUGAGGCUGCCCUCGUACACUCUCCAGGACGAGAAGGAGAUGAUUCGCAACCUGGCCUCGGCGAUGGACGGCCCGGAGGCGCUAGUCGAGGCGGACGAAUACCUGCAGCCCAAGUGCCGCGCGCCCUUACCGCCGAACCUCCUGUCCAACAGCACGUCCGGCUCCUCGCCGCCCAGCACGCCCGUCAAGACCUGCUGGCCCAACGGCACCUCGCUCAGCACGGACUCGCCCACGCCUCAGAACCAGCAAAAUUGGGACCGGGAGCUGCUCAGGUACGGCGCCGCGCUCAUGCACGCCAACGGCCUCGGAAACAACAACGUCAACCCCGCUGCUGUCGGAAGCAGCACCAGUCACGACCCGAGCAGCUCGAUGCAGAGGUCGCACUACGCCCAUCCCAACGGACACUGCGGACAGCAGCACCCGGGUGUCGCCGGAUCGGAAUCCGGCAGCUCGAGGUACUGCUCGGACCCGCUCAAGUUCGCAGUAAGAGAUUGUGACGUGACAGAUGACGGAUAUGUUCCCGAAGCUCCGGUGCACCAGCCGCAGGCACACGUUGGCGGCAUGAAACUGGAUCUUCUCAUCGACGAAGACGACUACUUAAUGCCAUCCCCGCAAAUGCCAGCCACCAAAAGCCAGUACAUGGAUCUGAUAGGCGAGACCAAUCCCGCAGAAACCAUGCCGAAGCGUCUGAACAACGGCUAUCGUCAGUAUCCCGUGGAAUUUCUGACGAUUCCAGGCAAGACGUCCCUCGACAAUCCGGAAUACAUAAUGUCGCAGGAUAACGGGCCCUUGACACCGCAGACUCUUGGCAUUCCGACGUCGCCCACCGCCUUGGACAAGGUGCUGGCGAACGGUGCCUUUGGUGGCGUCCCCCAGCUGCGGCAGCGCAGCUCCGAGGAGGAAUCCGAUCACGAGUACUACAACGACUUUGAUCGGCUCGAGCGUGAGCUGCAGCCACUCAAGCCGCUGAGGAAGAACGAGACAACGGUCUGAUUUUUCUCCAGUGUGCUCGCGACAAGAGGCUGGCGUAAGCUGGAUGCUGAGCGAUUGGUUUCCCGAACUUUAAAUAGACAAAGUGUUACUACGACAGUGUAAACGUUCGGAGCAUAAGCAUACGCCGAAGGAGUUACAAGACUCAGCUGCGUUCAGAAAAUGUAAGGUUUAGACACUUUAGAUCUCGUUAAAAUACAUCGACAGCGUGAGGUCCGCACGACCGGUGACUAAAAGUUAACAUAUACGUAAUGAAAUAAGCGUUAUUAGUCGUUAAUCAAACAUUGCGAUUGAAUUUGAUCUUUGGUUGAAGAUUUUUCAUAGAUAUAAAUACACGUUUUUACUUGUUAUCGUGACAUUUGCAUGAAAGUGGUGUUGCGUUUAUACCGAUCCACCCGUACUCUUAUGGAUCCGUUAGAAGUAUUACGGUAAAAUUUUCGCGAUAACGGCAAAUCUUUGACUAAAGACCAGAGUCAAUAGAAAGAGAAAGUACAGUGCGAAGCAAUCAAGAAUUUCAGAAAUUACUGGUUGCUCGAAGCAUGUUUUCGGCAAUUUUCAAAUAAUUUCAAAUUAUUAUCUUUCAAAAACACUUUUCAGUACUUAGAGAUUUCCUGAUACAAUAAUAAAAGAGUGCCGUGUUUGAUUGUGAUCAUAACUUAAUGUCACGAAUGUACAAUGAAGGACUGAAUGAAAGAGCGAAAGAAUGGAGAAUCAAGAAAUCCAUUGCGACGUAAAUAAAUAUAUAUAAAUAAAAAAGCUCCCAUUCUCGACUAUAUCGAUUCGACUAUACUGAAUAAAAUAUGCGUCGAUAUGUCGUCUGGGCGAGCGAUAAACAAACUGUAGUGCAAAUAUAUUCUUAAUGUGCCAUUGUCAAUGUGGCUUGUAAAUAGUUGUAUAACUUACACUUGUAAUUUACAGAAUACCGCGUAUACAUAGUUAUUUGUAUGUAUGUUUACUUUAUGAUAAAUACUAAAAGAGUAUAAAUCGAGUUACAUAAGAUUUAUAAGGAAUCGAAUCGAAGAACAAAGAAAAUUUAUCUCUGCAAAUGGAAUGACAAAUGUUUUUAUUGCAAUUAAUUUUUUUAUCAUAUACAUCGAUCGAUCACGUAAAUUUCGAUCUAUUUUUUUAAUAUACAUAAAUUUUUAUACUCGGUAUAACGAAAGCAAUCGACAGUUUCGUUAACGCCGAUGACUGUGAUAAGAAAGAUUUUUAUCCUUCGAAAACACUUAAAACUGCACAAACAUGAUUUUUCUUGACUUUUUAUUUACCUACUAGCAAUAUAACUGCAAUGCACAAAUUGACGAGCGCUAUUUUGUUUUUGUAUUUCGUAAGACAUGCGCACUGUUUGUUAUUUUAUUAAAAUCAAAAAAUAAUUAAAUAUGCUCAAGCUUUUGAUUUUUUUUUUCAAAAAUAUAUUUGUUGAAUUGCAAUAUCAAAACAACUUUGCUUUAACAAGUGCCUUCCAUGUUAUUACUUCGGCUUUUCUAAAUGAAGCUCGGACUGUUCUUCCAGCGUAUGAAUAUGAAACAAAACUAUAUACAAAAGUGCCUAUUGUUGUAGAGUGUUAAGAGGUAUUUUGUAUUACUAAAGGUGUGAACAAAUUUUUUCAAGUUUUUUGUGUUCGUCAAUUAUAAUAUUUAAGCAAGAUUUUUACACAAGUUCUGAAUGCAAUCACGUUCUACUUAAAAACAAAGCUAAGUUAAUGGCUCUCUUUGUAUUUUUAUAUUUCGACUGUUAUAUUUUCUAUGUUUUCUAGAAAAUACAAAAAAUAUCUUGUAAUUGUAUGCUUGGUUUGUAUGCCAUCGUUAUAUUCUUAGCGGACCAAUUAAAUUGGGCUCAAGUGGUUUUUCGUGAAAAAUGAUUAAUGAUUAUUACACACUUUUAUUGCGGAAAACGGAAUGUAAAUAGAUAACUAAACUGCUAAAGAAACGUUUACCUACCGUAGAACGAAAGUACUUGAAUCGAUUAGUUAAUUAUGGGCACGAAAGAUAUAUUGCGGUAUCACGUGCAAUGUAUUUGGCCUUAAAGUGGUUAUAGAAUAGGAAGUGCCAUUUUGUACAGAGCCUUGGAGAAUUGAAUUGAAUAAAUUCAAUUAAAUUUUCUUAUUCUAAGCCAAUUUUGGAUAAGGCAUAUUAGACAACCAGAAAUAAAAAGAAUCACCACACAAACGGCAGAUUUUGUGAUCCGAAAUUUCGAGAUUUUUUGAAUUUUGUAAAAGUAUUUUCGUACAUCGUAUUUAUCAAUAAAAACAUAACAAAUAUAAA